AUGACCAGGAAGCCAGAGAAGGGGAUCCAGUACCUGAUCGAGAGGGGGUUCCUGUCCGACACCCCCGUGGGCGUCGCCCACUUCAUCCUGGAGCGGAAGGGCCUGAGCCGGCAGAUGAUCGGCGAGUUCCUGGGCAACCGCCAGAAACAGUUCAACCGCGAUGUCCUCGACUGCGUGGUGGACGAGAUGGACUUCUCCGGGAUGGAGCUGGACGAGGCGCUGCGGAAGUUCCAGUCCCACAUCCGGGUGCAGGGGGAGGCGCAGAAGGUCGAGCGUUUGAUCGAGGCCUUCAGCCAGCGCUACUGCGUGUGUAACGCGGCCCUGCUGCGCCAGUUCCGCAACCCGGACACCAUCUUCAUCCUGGCCUUCGCCAUCAUCCUCCUCAACACCGACAUGUACAGCCCCAGCGUCAAGGCCGAGCGCAAGAUGAAGCUCGAGGACUUCAUCAAGAACCUGCGAG